AUGGCGCGCCAGCUCCACGACGGCACGAUGAUGCGCUUCACGGACUACGGAGCUGUCUCAGAGGCAUUCACAGUGACCAAUGGAGUGAAGCAGGGGUGUUUCCUGACACCCACCCUCUUCAGUCUUAUGUUCUCUGCCAUGCUGAUGGACGCCUACCUUGACGAACGUCUCGGGAUCCGCAUCGCCUAUAGGACGGACGGUCACAUCCUCAAGCAACGGCGGAUGCUCUUCCAAUCACGCGUAUCCACACCCACCGUCCACGAACUUUUGAUCGCUGAUGACUGCGCCCUCAAUGCAAAUGCUGAAGAAGACACGCAAAAGAACACGGAUCUCUUUCCCGCCGCCUGCGAGAACUUUGGCCUGGUCAUCAACACGGAGGAGACGGUGGUUCUGCAUCAACCGUUACACAACACAGCCCCCGACGACAGUGCGCCGCAAUUUAGCGUGAACGGAACCCAACCGAAAGUGAUGGACAACUUCACGUACUUGGGCAGUACCCUCUCCCGCAGCACCAAAAUCGACGACGAAGUCGCCCACAUGAUUUCGAAAUCCAGUCAAGCCUUCGGCCGUAUUCAAAGUACAGUCUGGAAUCGUCAUGGUCUCCAGCUCAUCACGAAACUGAAAAUGUACAAGGCCGUCAUCCUGCCGACGCUGCUGUACGGAGCGGAGACUUAA